GCAAAACUGGAUUUUUUAGGAUUUUAAAAAUUUGGUGUUCUUGAGGUAAAAAUUCUGCCUAUCUGGGUACACUGCUUUAUUCACUUGCUCCGGAACUUUUACAUAAUCUUAAAAGGAAAACUCAGUGAAUACCGAGAUGUCGUUCUCACAGAUCGCGCGUAGCUGCAGUCGACUGGCGGCGACUUUGGCCCCCCGAAGGAUCGCCUCCGGUGCCCUCGUCCAGUCACAGGCUUCCAGGAUGAUGCACAGGCUCGCCGUGCCAGCCAUGACUAGCCAAUUAAGCCAAAAAUUCGGUGUGCGCAGCUACUCGGUCAAGAGCACCAUCGACGACAUCAAGUUCCGCGUGCUGAAGGUUGUCUCUGCCUACGACAAAGAGUGCAGAGCUCGCUGGCAAACGCAAUCGGUGCGCAGAUACUCGGCGAAACCGCCGCUUUCGCUGAAGCUGAUCAAUGAGCGCGUCUUGCUCGUGCUUAAGCUCUACGACAAGAUCGAUCCCAGCAAGCUCAACGUUGAUUCGCACUUCAUCAACGACUUGGGACUGGACUCCUUAGACCAUGUGGAGGUCAUUAUGGCCAUGGAAGACGAGUUCGGUUUCGAAAUCCCCGACUCUGAUGCCGAGAAGCUGCUUAAACCUGCCGACAUUAUUAAGUACGUCGCCGACAAGGAGGAUGUGUACGAGUAAAUUGUAAUUGUAAUGCAAACCAUUAAAGAUUACACUUAAAUUUAAAUAGAAAACAAGUCAAAUACAAUUUGAGCAACUGAAUAAACCAAACGUUAAAUUAA